GUCCUGCAUCAUCGCAAAGAUGUCAACUGAAAAGGCAGAUGAAGUGCCUGUCCAUCAGCCAGACGUGGAAGGCGAUGUGCUGAUACCAGUCUCCUCCGCGAGGCAUAGCGCUUUCAUGGGGCAUAGGCCGGUGCUUGUGAAUUUUAUAGAUGGUGAAAACAUCAUUCCUAACUCCGACAAAUCUGUCACCACUGGUAUAAACGUCCAGCUGCGCCUCGAAGGAACCCCCGUUGCCCCCAUGUUGAAGUUUGCCGUCACUGUAGUCAAACAGACAGAAAGUUCCUGUGCUCAUAUAUUGCACAAUGCCGUCCUCGAGUUUGGGGUUUCCCCUAAGGACGAAAUUCUCGACCUCAAGUACAAGACACAGUUCACAGCAAAGCCCUAUGUCCCUGGCCCCGCUCAAAGGCCCAACAGCAAAAGAGGCAUGAAAGAGGAAGCUUGGUCAGAUUCCGAAGAGGAAUGGUCAUAGUCCGAAAACUACGUCGACCCGUGCGUCAUAAUUCUGACGUUCAGGACAAAAGGCGGCGUUGGACAUCGAUUGCAGUGCAGUCCAACCCUUUUCGAUAGCUCGGGCGAUGAAAAGGCACGGGUCCUAGAAGUACU